AUGAUUAAAUAUAUGACAAAUCAUUAAAUAAUAAUAAUAUCUAUGUUAGUAUCUCCCUCCAGACGAUUAGUCAAGAGAGACACCAAAUCUAUGAGACCUUCAAUGUUUUUGAAUGAAUUCAACAUAUCUUCCGUGUCUUAAUUAAUAACAGUAAAAAAAGAGGUCAAUGAGAGUUCAACAAGGAGCAUAGAAACCUUUGGAUCAGUAACCCAAGGGAAUGAGAUAUCAGAAAGUGGGAGCACAUUAUUUCUACCCUUCGUAGAGGAGAAACCUAGUAUUCGAUUUAUUAAACCAACUUCCAACCCAAAACAGUCUUUGAGCAAUAGAAAGGUAGUGUUACCUCAAUCAGAUUCAAAUUCUCCUCUCACAAAGUCGGAUAUCCACUUACCACAAAUCAAUUCUAUACCAACUUCUCCAAAAAAGUUUUAAAUAACAAACCACAAAAGACAUUUGACUAAUAUUGAUGAAUAACACAAGAAAGUGGAAUUCAGAAAGUCUAUCUAAGUUAUUGAUUUCGUCAAUAACAUCAUCACUAAAGAUGUGAUAGAUGGAAGCGUUAAACCAUUAAAAAAAAAAUUGCAAAGAUAACAAACCAAAAUGGUAAAGAAGGAAUGA